AUGAAGGAAUGUAAAUCUCCCGCCCCAGACGAAAUCCCCACAAAACUGCUCUCUGAACUUUCCCCCAAGUUGGCCAAACCACUCUGCUUUUUUUGCCAGGCAUCGUUUGAUGCUGGAGUCGUUCCCACAGACCGGAAGAUGGCCCACAUAACACCUCUGAACAAAAGUGGUGGUGAUGAUGAUGAUGAUGAUGAUGAUGAUGGUGGUGGUGGUGGUGGUGGUGGUGAUGAUGAUGAUGAUGAUGAUGAUGAUGGUGGUGGUGAUGAUGAUGAUGAUGAUGAUGAUGAUGAUGAUGAUGAUGAUGAUGAUGAUGAUGAUGAUGAUGAUGAUGAUGAUGAUGAUGAUGAUGAUGAUGAUGAUGAUGAUGAUGAUGAUGAUGAUGAUGAUGAUGAUGAUGAUGAUGAGGAUGAUGAUGAUGAUGAUUUUAUUUAA